AUGCCGUACGUCUCGAACAUGCUAGCUAACAUUUCACAGGAUCAAUCUUCACUCACGAAUGUAUCAUUAAUUCGUCUUCGGCGAGGCGGCAAGCGCUUUGAAAUUGCCUGCUAUAAAAACAAAGUGCGUGAAUGGCGGGAGGGAGUCGAAAAAGAUCUAGAUGAAGUCAUCCAGAUCGAGUCAGUGUUUCUGAACGUGUCGAAGGGCCAGGUGGCAUCUAACGACGAUCUUCAAAAGGCCUUUGGUACGACUGAUGUGAACAAAGUGUUACUAGAGAUCCUCAAAAAGGGUGAACUACAGGUGGGAGAAAAGGAGCGGAGUCAUGAGUUUUCGAACUUGUGGAUCGAGAUUGCCACAAUUGUUGCGCAAAAGUGUGUGGAACCCAAGAGCCAAAAACCCUACACGGUCGGUAUGAUUGAAAAGGCUAUGAAGGAUGCGCACUUCAGUGUGAAGCCACACAAAGCGGCCAAGAUCCAGGCUCUUGAGGUCAUUAAGUUACUACAGUCCAAAUCCAUUAUUCCCUUGGAGCGUGCACACAUGCGCAUUAGUGCAACUAUGUCGGCCAAAGAAGGCAAGCGCCUGAAAGACAAAGUGGUUUCACUGUUCGCCAAAGUGGAAGAAGAAGACUGGUCAGAUGUCUGGGAAAUUGUGGGAACCAUUGAGCCAGGCUCGCUUCGCCAAAUCAAUACUCUCUUCGAGAACGAAGUCAAGGGCGAAGGUGGCGUUGAAACGCUCGCCUUUUCAGCCGUGGACCAAGACGAUGAGAAUGAAGGCGAUGACUGGUAG